AUGGCGCUGGAAAGGUUAUCCGAGUUCAGAACUGAGUUGAGCCACAUCGGAUUCAUCGGAUUCGACUCGGCCUUUGCCGUCAUCCGAAUCCGUCCGCCGAGCAGCCCACCAAAUCUCAUUCAGGAGCCUCGGACGGAGGCUUACCUCCGCGCCGUGGAUCAUGAUGGCAGAUGCGGUGCAACGCCCCCGAACCAACUGACAUCACAUUUUGAACACAAAGUUUUCGACUCCACGAACGAGGAAGCAAAGUGGACCGAUCGAUUUUCAAUGUGGCUAAGUCCAGGGCUUCGGUUCGGAUUUUCUGGAACAUGA